AUGGCUAGCGAAUCGGCUGCCAAGCUCUUUGCUAGGUUAGGUUCUAGACAAACUGUGAUUGGUAUGGAAGAUCGGCUAUUUAGCAAAUUACAAUUCAACGGCUUAACAUGUGGUGAUGUAGUAGAAUUCUACGGCAGUGAGGGUUGUGGAAAAACGGAAAUGCUACUGCAUUUAAUGAUCAAGUGUAUCAUGCCGGAUAAUUUUCGUGGUAUUGCAAUGAAUGGCAGAUCCAUGUCGGUCGUCUAUAUUGAUUGUGAUUAUCACUUUAAUUUGCUACGAUUAAUGAGUAUACUGGAGCAACGCUAUUGCAAAGCUUGUCAAGGAUCUAACGCAACUAUGGUCAAGCAUUCUGAAGAGUUUAUUCGAAAAUGCUUGGAACGAUUUUAUAUCAUACGCUGUGACACUAUUCAUCAACUCAUUACAUCAUUGCAUUUGCUGGAGUAUAGCAUUUCUAGCAAUCCUGAUAUCGGUAUUAUGCUCAUUGAUGGCAUAGGUUCGUUCUACUGGCAGGAUAAAUUUUCAUCGAGCAGUGGAGUAGAUCAAUUAUGUAAAAUUGUCAAAUACCUGUGCGAUGAACAUAAUCUGAUUGUUCUUGCUACCAAAUCAGCUAUUAGGAAGCAGUUUGAAAACAGUAGACUAGCUAAUAAAUCUCGUCUUAGGAAUGAUAUCGCUUCUAACUAUAACAGCACACAUAGUAAACAUAUGGAAUAUAUGCCCAAUGUUUGGAGGAAGCUUGUUAAAUAUCGUUAUAUUUUGAGUAAACUUGAUUCGGAGUUGAGUGGAGCAAAUAGCUAUUCGGCGACUUAUUCCGUAGUACUUGAACACCCAUCAUCAAUAGAAAGUGCAGAGCGCUUUAUAGUUAGCGAGGAAGGAGUUGUAUUUAUAUAA